CACAGAACCAUGUCUCACUCUGCAGAGUUCCGCUCCCCCUGCAUUCUGAGACCGUCGGAGGAUAGGGAUGAAGCAGCCACGGGCGUAGUCUAUCCUCUUCCACUCUGUCUCAUAUCUGCCGCUUCAUAUAAAAGAAGGGAUAGCCGCCCAUGGCUCCACCACCAUUAUGUCUACCUUGCUCACACCGCAAAUAUCUAUGCACUCGAAUGAGUCUUACGAAACAGCAAGCCCGUCGGUUCCGCCUGGAGAUCUGACCGCCAAAGCCGAGACGUCUUCAGUGACGUCCAGAGGAGGUCUCAUCGCCGAAAACAUGUCCGCCCUCUCGACCCAAUCGUCCGACACGGCCUCCUCGUUCGGAUUCCGGGGCAAGCGUAUUAUGCUCACGGGUCUGUCCGUCACGGCCGGCAUCGCCCUCCUCACCAUCGGCCUCUCUCUGUAUGUCUUCGUGGUGAACGAGUUUGCGCUCCAUGGCACGGAGAUCGUCACCACUGCGCGCUUGGGUCCAGUCCUCGCCGUCACGUACGCCCUUGCCUUCUUCCUCGUCGCAUCUGUGCCUUUCGUUGUUCGGAUGCUGUCGUGCCGUCUCGCGUGGUCGUGGCUGAAGUCUUCCGUGGACGCGAACGGACUUGAUCGGCCUACCCCUUUUCAGCUCGGCAUUAUCAUGGACGUCCUACGCUCCGGCGACAUUGCGGCUCUUUUCGCGGGCCUGCGCUACAUGUCGUCGGACAAGCGUUCCUCCUAUCGUCCCGCGAUCUUCCGCUAUGCCCUGGGUGUUCUAGGUCUGACCCUGGGCCUGGCGUAUACCUUCGUGGUCGUGCUCAUAAUCUUUGGCGGGGUUUCUCACGCCCUCUCCUUUUCUCAGGUGGGCGCAUAUAGCGGCUCGUGGCCCAAGUUCUCGAGACAAAUCAACGCGACUGCUUGUGCUACCACAGCCGGAGCUGUUGUUGCUGGGAUCAAUUUCUGCGGGCUCUACGCUACUGGCACAAACCCAUUCGGCGCCUCGCUCCCUGAAGGCUUACGGACUCUGACGAACACUUCCCUGACCAAUGCCGUUGGGAUUGCAAACGAUGGGACCGCGUUGAUCAUUCCUGCAUCUCUACCUGUCAACUUGGCUUUCUACGCUUCCACAUACGGUAUUUCGACUUCGUGCCAAAGCGUUACCCAGCAGUGCGUCAGCUCAGCCAGCAACUCCUCCAACUUCUUGGCUCUGAGCUGCCCGCCCUCUGUGGCUUUCGACGCUGCGUACAACACAACGACUGGCUCGUAUCCCUUCGGCAUCAUCGACCCUUCUGGAACAGUGUACUCUGCACCCUAUCUCGUCGAUUCAAACUCCUUCCGCUUUGGUGCUGUCGUCCAGUCUCAGGCUUACGACGGCGAUGCGAACUCAUUUGUCGACAACACUGGAUUCUACACCUACGGCGCUGCGGGUGUCUCUUACAACGUUCUCACAUGCACGGUCACCGUUCGUCAAGCGUCUUACAGCUACUUUGACGGUGCUAUCAUCAUCGACCCGACCAAUUCGACUACUGUGGCUGAUCUUAACGUCGUUCGCUCCAUCGCAGCGAUGACGACUGCCGAAUUCCUCUCUGAGCGAGUGCCCUUGGCCGUUGACGGGACUGGGGCCGACUACCCGGCGGCCUUCGCUAAAGAGCUCUCCCGCGAGAUGAUCGCUUUCUCGGCUGCUCUCUUUGCUGCAGAUGCGGCCGCCGAGGUAAGAUCUGUCCAGAGAGUCCUUGGAUCGCAGCUCUCGCUGCCUGUGCUGUGUGUCAUGCUCGCUCUCGUAGUCGCUUAUUGUAUCUUGACGAUCGUCCUGGCCACCUCCUCCGUGCUCGCCGCUGGCGCAUCGCCCUACACCAUGCUCGCCUCUAAACGCCUCUCGGAACCUACCUGCGCCGUCAAUGCUGCCUACGGACGUUCUGAGAUCCAUCGCACGUGGGAGCAGACCAACGAGCGGAUGUUCAGCGUCGAAACCGGGUUGGAUCGCUUGAUUGUGGGUCCUAUGAGUUUCGCGGCGGGAGGUCUGGCGUUUGGUGUCGCACGCGGUGUCCAAACAGCGUCUCGUUGAACAAACGAAUGACGGUCGCUCACCAAUGUCUGUUACUUGGACUUAUUACGAUUUUGUAUCAGUAGAGCCUCACAUCUUCGUCCUCGUCAACUUGUAUUCUAGUAGCCAAUCAGAGUCCGGUUCCUCCUUCGUAUUCCAAGUUGCCUGCCUGCUUUCCUGGUACACUGCCAGAGCGUCCCCAGGCAGACCACAGCUGGAUGUCCCACCCGGGACUAAACAAUUUGAUUGGCUGGUCCGAGGCUGAAUACAGAUGUUAUCCGGUGAGUGAUUUUCAUUCUGAGCGCAGGGUCAAUCCCGCAUCUGCCGUAAGGCAACUUGCCCCGCAGUCAGCGUAGACUGCUCUAGCCCAGCCCUGCCUGGUGUUCGCAGUCGCGUCCAACCACUGUCACACCAUCACCAUUUCGUAGCUGCGUGCCCGACUGUCGUCACACCAUCUCGCAAUAGCGUCUGACGGCCGUCACACCGUCAUCUCACGGCUGCAUUUGAGCUAGACCAGCACAGUACAGUUUACCGAGUCCCAGGGUCGGGACUGGAGGCACCUGGCGGCUUAUGUGCUGGCCCUUGGGGGGGGGGGGGGGGGGUCUUGAUGGUAUGAGGGAUCGCAACAAAAAAUCUCUGUCCUUGUUGUUGAUUUCGAGUGAGCACGUGAGCGCUGGCCAUGUUGCUGCAGAUCCAAACCUUGAGUCUCAUUGGAGUCACAUGAAGUGGCUUCCGCCACUCAAGCAGUGCAGUCACGUGUAUCACCGCACCACCAUCAUCUCGCAGCUGCGUCCGACCGCCGGAGUUUGAUGAGAUUGCACAGGUACUGGGUGGUUGCAUGGCG